AGCGGCAUCAGCUCGCAGUUCUCCCACCAAUUCGAAGCAGCAGUCGGGAACUCCUGAUCCACCGCCGCCGCCGCCGCCGCCGCCUGAAAACCAUCCACCGCCCGGCAGAGGCACGGCGGCAGCCAUGGGGAGCCGCCUGGGGCGCCGCGUGAUCCACUUCGCCAACCUCCCGCUGAAGCUCAUGCUGCCCCCCGCGCCGCUCUCCUCCGUGCAGGAGUUCGCCGUGCGGACCGUCCCAUCCGCGUCCAAGGUGGACAUCCGCCGCUGCCUCGAGUCCAUGUACGGCUUCUCCGUCGCCGAGGUCCGCACGCUCAACAUGGAGGGCAAGAAGCUCCGCCGGGGCCCCUUCCUCGCCGCCAAGCCCGACUACAAGAAGGCCUACGUCACGCUCCGAGCGCCGCUCGCGGUCUCGCGCGACCUGUUCCCCAUCGGGGCCAUCCUCGAGGAGCGGGAGCGCAAGGCCAGCGCCGCCGCCGCGAGGAGGAAGGCGGUCGAGGGCGCCGAGGUGGAGGGCGAGCGCAAACGGAAGCACUGGAUGGAGAACGAAAGGGAGGGCUUCUCCCGGGCCGGCUGCGGGAAGGUCGUGUACGGGAACCCUGGGAGGCUGGGGAGGAAGAGGAGGGGUGGGGGCAAGAUGAAGGAGGAAGCUGGGGACGAGGGGGCCAAGUUCCCAUGGACCGGGAUGCGCCUGGCUACCGAGAAACCGAGGAGGGUGAGACACUCUCCACCGAAGAAGGGAAUAGCCUUGAAGCAAAAAUCACGGAAGGUAUCCCUGCAGCACCGCUCAACGAAGUUGAAAGCUUGAUAUUACUUGACUUGAGCUGCUGCACCGAAUCAUUAGAGGAUCCUGCCAUCAAGGGGAGAUGCAGACUGUGGAUCCUUGAGUUCCCUGGCAGACCCGUCUUGUUUUUAAAAUUACCAAAUAAACACCGAACGUUGAAGAAUCUGUAAGGAUUUUGUGCCUUUGAUAUGAAAUCCAGUUGGGAUUUAGAUUUUAGAAGGCUGGAUCGGUCCCUUCGUUUGAAGAUUGUGCCCUUGCGGUCCAAGUUCCCUUUGAGAAUUGAGAUUUGUCUAGUCAUCUACUGACUACUGCUGAUUAGAAUUAAUGUAAACCUGUUUUUCACUUGCU